AUGUCCCUGCCGCCCAUUUUGUACCACUCCUUUGCUCGUCCACUCCCGUACCAUGCCACCUGGCUUCUCCAGCAGCGCAUACACUCCCUCCAGCUCGCUCUUCGCCCCCGCGCAGCACAUCCAGAUAUUCUCCUACUUCUCGAGCACCGUCCAACAUACACAGCAGGCCGCAGGCAGACAGACCCCUCCAUAGACCUCGAACGCCGCCGUCUCCAGAGCCUUGGCGCUGACUUCGUCCCAGCCACCCGUGGCGGUCAGCUCACCUAUCACGGUCCAGGCCAGAUUGUGGGCUACCCCUUGAUCGAUCUCUCCAGGUACACUCCAACCAUCGGCGCUCGUGACUACGUUUGUCGCAUCCAGAAACUGCUCGAGAACCAUCUUCAGCAAUCCCAUGCCAUCCCACAUAGCCCGUCAGAACAUACUGGUGUCUUUCUCGACCCCACUACAAAGAUCGCCAGCAUUGGCGUCCAGGUUCGCCACCGCCUCACAUCCCACGGCUUUGCCCUAAACAUUACCCGGGAACCCCUCGCGUGGUUUGACAAAAUCGUCGCCUGCGGCCUCGAUGACGUCAAGGCUGGUUCUAUAGAGUCAAAACUUGAGCAGACGCUAUCACUGCGCGAAGAGAUACCAGGUCUCGUUAAUCAGUUCGGAAAACAGUUCCACCGCGAUAUGGUUGAGAUGGACUUGGACGAGCAUGGCGAAAUCGGUAAGGCCAUCAGAGAAGUGGAGGAGGAGGCCGAACGUGCUGGAGGUUGGGCAAAAGAACCACGUUCAUGA